AGCACACGUGUGUGUGCAUUAUUGCUUUUCAUUUCCUGGUUGAAAUUGUUGUGCUCAGUGCAGAUGUAAAAUUUUGUUGUUCUCACUUUGUUCUCACUAUUGAAUCUUUCUGUGUUUUGGCUGUUUGGAUUGAAGAUGGUGUACAUGAGGGUGGUCAGUCGUAGUAAGUCAAUUUUACACUUAGCAAGAAGUCCUGGCUUGAGGUCUUGGGCCACGUUUGUGGGAAUUGUUUCUAUUGGCAUAGGGUUACUGAUCUACUCAACUGAAGGAAUAAUGAUGAAGCUUUUCUGGUUCCUGUGCACUGUGUUUGUUGCUAUUUCAUCACUGGAUGACUGGGAGGAGUGUAUUAUUGAUCGAGAUACACUGAUCAUCAAACUGAACAGAGAGCGACUGAUGGAGAGACUACUCAUGCCAUUCCAGAAAGCUAGAAGUGGUUUAUCUUUUGCAUUAGUUGUUGCAGACGUAAGUGAAGUGUGUAGUGUAAUGGUAGAGCAUGAAGACAUUAAAUUCUUUGGGCGAGGCUACUAUGUGACAUUGCAGAUGAAUACUGGAAUGUUGCUACCAAUAACAGAGAAAUGCACCUUGGGCGAUUCAAGGGAACAUCAACAAAUAGCAGAUGUAAUAGACGACUUCUUGAAACCAGAAUUGAUAAGAAAUAAAGACUUGAAUAAUGAUCUGAUUGGUGGUUAUUCAUCUUCAUCAUCAGAUACAGAUGCAGUUGCAGAUACAGAUGCCCCAUAAUACAUGGAUCAUUCAGUGCUCUUUGUUUCUAAUUUAUUGUGCUAACAUUUGACAUCAAAAUUGUUUACCAAAUAUUUUCUGAAGUAGAUAGUACCUGUAUCAAGUGAGAUAGGCGAAUGCCAAAUAUUUAGCCUAAUUAGGCAUCAUGCAUCCUAAUGUUUAAAGCCAUUGGACACUUUCGGUAAACAGUCCAAAGGCCCACAGUUUGUGUAUCAUAACUUA